AUGGCCGCCGAGCAGCCUGCUCUUGAUGCCAAAGUGCCCCUCCUCCCCUCCUCCACCCCCCGGGACGAUGCGGUGAACGACGCCGCGAAGAUGCGACAGACGCGCAAAUCGAAAUUCCAGGUCGCUGCGUUUGCGAUCCUCUUGGCAAUCUUCUGGUUGGCGAGGACGUGGACUUGUGAGCACGAGCAUGAGCAGGAGCACAACGAGGCGCACCUAAAGGUGCCGCUCGAGGUACAUAUAAUGUCUAAAUGCCCCGACGCGCGCGACUGCCUCAAGGAACUCGUCGUUCCCGCCAUGUCCGACGUAUCCGACAAGGUCGAUUUCCGGCUGAGCUUCAUCGGCAAGCUCACCGACGACGACGGCGUGGAGUGCAUGCACGGCCAGACGGAAUGUCUUGGCAAUAUCCUCAUGCUGUGUGCUGCGGCGGAAUACCCCGACCCGAAAUCAUACUUGGGCUUCUCGAAUUGCUUGAUCAACGAUUAUCAGGAGAUACCGAAUCAGAGCUUGAUUGAGGAUUGCGCGCUGGAACAUGGCUUGGACUUUGAUACGCUGAAUCAGUGUAUGAGUAAGGAUACCGGCGCGUAUGGCAUGGGGCUGUUGAGGGAUAGUGUCAAGCGCAGCUCGGACGUCGGCGUCACUACAAGCUGUACCGUGAGGCUCGACGACAAGGUCCGGUGUGUCUAUGAUGGCGGAGAGUGGCGGGACUGCGAUGACGGGUCGAAGCCGGAAGACUUGGUUCGCGACAUCAACCGUUUAUACGACGAAGCACAAGGAUGGACCUAUUAG